AUGAACGGAUACUCGCUCACGGACGACUAUCCGCUCAGAUUUGAACGGAUGCUUACCCCCAGACGACUAUUCGCCCAUUCGUCUGCAUUUACUCUGUUUAAGAUUUAUUUUAAAAUUUUAAAUAAUUUGCUUGAAAACACCCGAGAACACCCAAAGUACACCAAAAAAUUGAACAUCCGACAGUUCAAAAUUAAAAAUGUUUUAAGCUCCGAGGUCCACCGUAUAAGCUUAUCUAUGACAGAAAACCACAACAUAGAGCAUCAACCCCUAUCAUUUUACAGGGCUAAAAAUGGCCCAGGCUUAAGCUUUAAGAUUUUUUUAGGUGCACGUAGCAAGCAUAUUUUAAACUUUGACAGCCAAUUACUCGAGACCCUGCGGUGCGAUUUUUUUCUCUUUAGCAUAUUCUUGUUCAGAAUUUCCAGAGCUUUCAGAAAAAGUAAUUUAUAUUGGACGGCAUAUUUCUCAGGAAGCCUCUUAUAUCCUUUGGUCAAUUUCUGCCGAGAGGCUAAAAAUGGCCCAGGCUUAAGCUUUAAGAUUUUUUUAGGUGCACGUAGCAAGCAUAUUUUAAACUUUGACAGCCAAUUACUCGAGACCCUGCGCUCUACAUUUCAGAGACUUUUUUCACUAUUUUUGUAUAAAAAAUGGGCUAUUUAUUUUCGGUUUCCGAUCUUGAGAGCACCUAAUAUUCUGCUGGAAUUAUUUGAUAACAAGACCUGUCUGGCCUUUUGUUUACAUAUUGCAGACAAUUCUGAAUAUAUUUGCACUGCUCCCAUGACGCUAUAA